AUGGCGGCCCUAAAAAUCUCGCAGCGCACCGUCCUACUGAGCGCGACUCUGGGUCUUGCACACGCUUUCACCUUACCGGAGCCUACGGCUGUGCCUGCGCAAGUCGAAGUUCUGGAGCCCGUUGUAACUCCCGCGGCGAUUCGCUUCGACGACAGGUAUAGCUAUGUGGAGAGACGAAACAUCCUAGACGACAUCAAGAGUGGUGUUGAAGGCGUAGCCAAGUCUUGGGGUAGCGUCCUCGGGACAGAUUUGCCUUCAUUCUUCACAGAUGGCAUCCCAGGUUGGUUCGAAAAUCUUCCCACAGGUACCAACGUUAUGUCAAGCUUGGGUAUUGGCGACAACGAUCUCGCUGCGAUACCCACUCAGGUUCUCAACGUCCCGCCCUACGCCAACUGGACAGAUCAGGGUUGGAACGUUCGCUUCCAUGGCAAUGUCUACAAGAUCCCCAACAUUUCUCAGUCAAAGAUUGAUGAUCUCGCCAACGUCUUUCUUAUCGACACCAGCGUAGAAGAGCUGCCGGAUGACCAGAAGGCCAAUGCACGUAACCUAACAAGGUCUAUCUUCAUUGUUCAACAAGGCGACGAGAAUGUCACAAUGACACUCGAGCCAGCGCCAAUGCAGGGCGGUGACGGUGAGCCCGGAGGCGGCAACGCUAUCACUGCGCCUGGAGGAAAUCAGACCGUCACUCUGCCUUACGAGACCACCGAUCAAGGAGACUUUGACGUCUUUGUACAAAUUCAGAGCAACGGUCUACUCAAUGGCAACGAGACCGAGAACGUGCAGCGCCUUAAUGUCCACACGAAUGGCACAAACACUGGCAAUGCCACUGCCUUCCUCGUCCCUCCUACAGGCAUCACCUUCAUCUCGGAUAUCGACGACAUCCUCCGAGUGACCAAGAUCUACGAUCCCAAAGAAGGCCUCCUGAACUCCUUUGCUCGUAACUUUACGCAAUGGAUGAACAUGCCUGACAUCUACCGCAAUUGGUCGCAGACUCUGCCAAACAGCACGCACUUCCACUACCUGACCACCACACCUGAGCAAGCCACCCGCAACUACAUGGACUUCAUCUACAAGACCUACCCCGGCGGCUCGUUCGACACCCGGCCCCUGAACUUCUCCGACGUGAGCGCGACCCUUUCCAUCCGAAAAUACCUCCUCGAGAAAGUCUUCGCCACAUUUCCCCAGCGAAAAUUCGUCCUUAUCGCGGACACAUCCAACUCAGACGUCAUGAGCGACUAUCCCCAACUCGCGCACGAUUUCCCCAACCAAGUCCAAUGCAUUUUCCUGCGCAACACAUCGGCCACCGACAGCGACGACUGGUUCCCAUACAACACCGAGGGUUUCAAGGGCCUGAACAACCGCAGUUACAUGUUCUUCCACGUGCCUGAUGAUCUCCGGGGCCUGGACAUUGCUAAUGGCCAGUGCUUGAACGAGUCGAUCCCGCAGAAUGUCACUUUCUCGCGACAGGCUGAGAUUCUCGGCAUCCAUGGUGCCGGGAGCAAGGUUGGUGGCAGCGCUACCAUCAGCUUCGUGGUGGCGCUGGUCGCUGCUAUGUUUUUGACGCUUUAG